GUCUGCAGCUAGCUAGUAGAGUUGUUAGCUGACUCAAGGUGUUGUCUGAGGCGACAGGAUGGGUGUAUCAGAUUUACAGUUUGAUACAAAUGCUGGACCUGUGGUGGAUCUGUCAGCCUGCGGUAUGCAAAAGCUGGAUCCUAGUUUCACCUGCUCUGAGGACACUCACACACUUAUUCUGGACCGUAACCACAUAAUGAAACUGGACCAUUUGGAAAGGAGCCCAGGCCUUCAGCAGCUUUCUGUAGCCAGUAACCGUCUGGUGAGAAUGAUGGGCGUGUCUCGGCUAUCAGAGUUGAGAGUCCUCAAUCUUCCCAAUAACAGUAUUGGAUACAUUGAGGGGCUGAGAGAUCUGCCACACCUGGAAUGGCUCAACCUGUCUGGAAACAAUAUUAAGGUCAUUGAGCAACUCAACAACUGUGUUUCCCUUCAACACCUGGAUCUGUCUGACAAUAACAUAUCUACCAUCGGUGAUCUGACCAAACUGGUGGCAUUAAAGACACUUUUACUCCAUGGAAACAGCAUUACAACACUUCGUACUGUUCCUGCUCACCUACCUGCACAUUUAUCCAUCCUCUCCCUGGCAGAAAAUGAGAUAAGGGAUCUUAAUGAAGUGUCAUAUCUGGCGCCUCUCCAUGACAUGGAGCAGCUGUCCAUUAUGAAUAACCCUUGUGUUAUGGCGACCCCCUCAUUGCCAGGUUUUGAUUAUCGGCCAUAUAUUAUGAGUUGGUGCCUGAGCCUAAAGGUCCUGGAUGGCUAUGUAGUGUCACAGAAAGAAGGUCUCAAAGCAGAGUGGCUCUACAGUCAGGGAAAAGGACGUUCGUAUCGACCAGGUCAGCAUGUUCAGCUAGUUCAAUACCUGGCCACUGUUUGCCCUCUCACGUCAUCACCGGCCCUCGAGACGGCAGAGGAUGCCAAACUGGAGAAGAUCCUCAGUAAGCAAAGGUUUCACCAAAGGCAGCUGUUAGAGGAAACUCGAGGAGGCUGUCCCAGCCCUCCUCGUCCAACUCAGCUGGAUGUGGAGAGCCACAGUCCUUCACAUGCAGUCCCACAGGGGGGAGCCAGAGACGUGCAGAAAAUCAGUCCACCUGCAGCAGCUACUGCUCCACCAGUCAGGGAGGCAGAGCCAGUCAUGCAGUUCAAUACCUGGGUGAGCUGUGAUUCUUCCCACCCACCAUUGCCGGUAGUCCACAGCCCAAGGCUCAGAGAGGAGCACAUCUAUUUGGAGGACGUGCAGACAGAUGAGGACAAACUCAAUGGCAGCACGCUUUCCUCAGAGUCCCCCUUUCUCCCGUUCACAUCCGACCUGGAGCCACAGACGACCCACUCUGACAGCGAGGAUGAGACAGAGACAUUUGAGCCCGACUCCCUGGCUCCAAAGCGACCAGCACAGCCCAAAAAGCACAACACAAACAAGACACACCAUUCUCCCCCAGCGGAUAAGAAAGAGAGGGGUCUUGAAGAGGAUGCCAUUUCUGGUGCAGCCACAACAGCUGGAUCACUGGAGGUCAGAGUUAGCGCAACACAAAAUGAUCUGGAAAUAUCGUGUGACUUUGGUAAAGCGGAGCUGAAAGAAGCCCCCAAGCAGGAAGAAGUGGGUGCGUGUGCCAGUAAAUCAAGUCUGAUGGAAACAGACAGGGCAGCAGUUAAAAUCCAGUCAUGGUGGAGGGGACAGCACACUCGGUGUUGCCAUCCCAUGGCCAGAGAAGUACGCAGCGAAAUCCGCCUGCGCAGGAUGCAAGAACACAUCCUGUUCCUGUCUGAAAGGUUCGACAGGAUGCAGCAGCAGUAUGAAGAAGAACGGUUACAAAGGCUCAUUCAGGAGGAAGCUGUAAAGUUUCUGUGGAAAGAGCUCCAGUCUAUGCAGCAGUGGAAGCAGUCUGUGGAGCAGCAGCUGGCCGGCAUUACUCAGGCUGUCACCCCUGCUCAGAUCUCAGCUCCAGGACCACUUGAGGCUGCCCUGCCUGCUGCAUCCAGCAUGAAAAACCCACCUGGCGCAGAUGUCUCCUUCCCUGACUCUGGCUUCCAGUCAACAGGUGAUCAGCGGGCGGCUCAGGAGGACAGCUUCCUGAGCAGCGGGACAGCAGACUCUUUGAAGACAGUGCGAGCGCUGAGCCCCAUUCGUAGCGGCUUUGCCGGUGGUGGCAAUGGUGUGGACAGCGCAGACUGCAGCCUGCUGGAGCAGUACCUCUCCUCUGUGCAGCAGAGGGAGGAGGAGGCAGAGGAGGUGAUCAGUGAUAGAACAGAAACACCACAGCCCUCCUCACCAGCAUCACCCAGCAAAACAACACAGCCCAAUUCCCCAGCGCAGAAGGCUGCAGACAACCAAUCAGAAGUGCAAAGAACGGAGGAAACCACUCCUGGCCCUGUCUGAGGGUCUACACCUAAUAGACACCUGUAUAGAGCUACUGAGUGUGUGUCAGUUGGUACUGAAGCUGGGAUCAAGAUACAUUGCUUCCUCCUUGGGGCAUGUCUGACAAAUCUCAAAUGACAGUGAACCUGUUUACCUUUGUUUAUCAAAACAAUACCUUACUGUGAAUGUAAGUCAAGUUUUUUAAACUUCACUGUUGGAUCUGUUCUGUUAUUUAAUGGACACGUCCCUCUCUGUGUAAAGACAAUGAUUGUUACGUGGCUUCAGAGGGUGUUAGUGACUUGAAAGCAAUUAUUUGAUGCUGAAAUACAAUGAGGAGGUUACUACUCUACUGAAGACCGGGCACAGUAUAACGUAUUCUCCAUCCAUUAAUCCGUUAAGCACAUGGGAUAAACUGCAGUUACUCAGAUUAGGAGCUGAUAUGUUAAACGUAGCGCACUUGUAACCACAGAUAUUUACUAUACAUGAAACGACAAGCAUACAUUCUAUAAUCACUUACAGUCCUUAAAGCUGAACUGUCUUUCAACUUAAGAUCGCAUCGCCUAAAAAAUGUUGUAGCAUCCUCAUCUUCUUUAACAAAAUGUAAAUAAAUCUGCAA